AUGCUUGUCUCGGCUUGGCUCAACACGAGCAAGAAUCCAGUUACAUCAAAUGAGCAAAGACAAGGUGCCUUUUGGGGAAAGAUUGCAAAGUACUAUGCAUCCUGUCCCAAUGAUGUAGGACGGCCAAAGAGAGAAGCGAGUCAUUGCAAGCAGAGGUGGGGGAGGAUAAACGAAUUGGUGUGCAAAUUCGUUGGCUGUUACGAUGCUGCCACGAGAGAGAAUUCUAGUGGGCAUAAUGAAGAUGAUGUGAUGAAGUUAGCACAUCAGAUAUACUUCACUGAUCAUGGAGCACGGUUUAACUUGGAGCAUGCAUGGCGAGACUUAAGAUACAAUAAAAAAUGGUGUGCCUCCACUUCUAUUAAAGGUAAUGGAGUGAAAAGGGGAAGAGUGAGUGAUCCGGUUUCUGAACAGGAUGCACACCAUCCGAUUGAUGUGGAUGAACCAUUGCCCUGUCCUCCUGGUGUUAAAGCUGCCAAGGGAAAGUCCAAAAAAAGCACUAACACCCAACCGAUUGAUGUGGAGGAAGAUGGAAAAGCUUACUUGGAGUUUCAGUUAGAGCGUGUCUCGAGGAUGUAUGAGAUGAAGCAGAAGGACUUCGAGUUGAAAGAGAAGGAGUUUGCUAUGAAGAAGGAGCAUAUCAAGCAUGUGAUGCUUGAAAAUCUGAUUGCUAAAAAGGAUGAACUAACUGAAUCAGAAAAAGCUCUUAAGGACAAGCUUAUUGAUGACAUGAUGUCAUCAGAUUGA